AUGACCGGCAAGAAAAUUCCGGUUUUGAAACGGGUAGGGAGAUUUCAAGGACAAACAAUUGAAAAUUUCCUUGCGAGCGGCAAACACGGUCGUGGAGCAAGCAGUUCCAAGUCCCAAGGCAAAUGUGAUGCUCACGCCGAGAGCUUUGGUCGGCAACCGGCAAUACUCAUCUUCCGGGGUUGUUGUCCGAAGUGCAUUCUUUCUUCCACCACUUCACAUCACCUACAGUGGACACAGGCUUCACAAGCUAGAGCGAGUCCCUACAGCACCGUUUGA